UCCGGUUUCCCUGCCCUACCCAAGCGGCUGAAACGCUCCACUACGCGCGGUCCGAGCCGGGGAAAUGGGCCCGCGAGCCCGGCCGGCGCUUCUCCUGCUGAUCCUCCUGCGGACAGUGGACACGCAGGGGCGACCGCGGCUCCCCCUCUCCCCAGGGUCACACUCCCUGCGCUACCUCUUCAUGGGUGCCUCAGAGCCAGACCUGGGGCUGCCCCUGUUUGAGGCCUUGGGCUUCGUGGACGACCAGCUCUUCGUGUCCUACGAUCAUGAGAGUCGCCGGGUGGAGCCUCGCACCCCAUGGGUCUGGGGUCAGGCCACCAGCCAGCUGUGGCUGCAGCUGAGCCAGAGCCUGAAAGGGUGGGAUCACAUGUUCAUCGUCGACUUCUGGACCAUCAUGGACAACCACAAUCACAGCAAGGUACCGAAGCUGGGGCUGUGGCCAGAGUCCCACACCCUGCAGGUGAUCCUGGGCUGUGAGGUGCACGCAGACAACAGCACCAGAGGUUUCUGGAAGUACGGGUAUGACGGGCAGGACCAUCUUGAAUUCUGCCCCGAGACGCUGGAUUGGAGAGCGGCAGAGCCCCAGGCCUGGGCCACCAAGCUGGAGUGGGAAGUGAACAAGAUUCGGUCCAAGCAGAACCGGGCCUACCUGGAGAGGGACUGCCCCGAGCAGCUGCGGCGGUUGCUGGAGCUGGGGAGAGGGGUUCUGGGUCAGCAAGCACCUCCUUUGGUGAAAGUGUCUCAUCACGUGACCUCGGCAGUGACCACUCUACGGUGUCAGGCUCUGAACUUCUACCCCCAGCACAUCACCAUGAGGUGGUUGAAGGACAGGCAGCCACUGGAUGCCAAGGACGCGGAGCCUGAGAAUGUGCUGCCCAACGGGGAUGGGACCUACCAGGGCUGGGUGGCUUUGGCUGUGCUCCCUGGGGAAGAACAGAGAUACACCUGCCAGGUGGAGCACCCAGGCCUGGAGCAGCCCCUCACUGCCUCCUGGGAGCCCUCGCUGUCUGGCACCCUGGUCAUUGGAAUCAUCAGCGGGAUCGCUGUGUGUGUCAUCAUCUUUACUGGAAUUUCGUUCAGAGUCUUAAAGAGAAGGCAGUCUUCGAUGCUGUUUGAGGAAUGCAGUCUGCAUUUCUCCUCUCGGAAGAUCCAUGGUGUUGGGGGAACAGGGGCAGACAGAAGCCAGCUCCUGCAGAGCCCUGGAGGCCUUUGGGAUGGAGGAGCCUCGGGGGACUACGUCUUGGCUGAACGUGAAUGAAGUGCAGCUUGCAGACCCCAAGUGAGGUGGAGACAUGAUUUGAGAUUCAAAGUGAGGGUGCGCUGGUGGCAGUCUUCAUGUUUCAGGACAUGUUUCAGGACUUGUUUCAGGACAGUUGGACCUAAGAAAUAGGAACUGUCUCAGGAAUUCUGCUCUUAACCUUUCCUGGUUCACGCUCAAAACGUUCCCCCCAUUUAGGUGUCUGAGUUCCCGUGUGCUAACAAGCCCCAGCUGUGAACUCUCCCCCAGAACUGGCUGUUGGGAAUCCCAAGCUGCAUCUAGAACCUGCCCUUAUUUCCUGCAUCACAGACUCCGUACAGCUCCCUCAUCUCAUCUCAUCUCUUAAAUGUGGGGGACUCCUGAUUCCUUUGAAUGUCUGAGAAAAGCUUGGAACCUUGUCUUCAGGACACGCACCCUAACACCUCUACCAGAAUUUGGCACACACACCCAGGCAUUUCCUGAACCCACUCACGUUUCCUUUUAAUCCUUUCUCGGUCAUACAAGAACUCAUCUGUCACCAAGCCCUGUGGUCUCUUCCAUCCGAGGGAGAUCUGGGCCAUGGUACAGCUGUGCAGGCUGGGCACUGCACAACCUGAGAAGACCCCUUUCCCAGGAGAGGUAUUGUGGAUGUUUGCGUAUAUGAUGAUAGUUUUCUAGAAAACAGAUGGGAAGUGCCUUGAGGAGGGAUGUCUUUUUCUAAUUUGCACAAAGGUGCCUGUAAGUUUCCUUAGAUUAAUGAUCCCUGCUUUUACAGUGCCUCUCCUGUAUACUGGACUUGAAGUAGCACGGUCUGUGGUCUCUCUUUGUUCUGAUCAUGAAAAUGAUAAUAAAGCUGAUGAUGAUCAUGAUAAA